AUGUUUGGCGUCACAAAUCUCCAGGCAUACAUAUAUUAUCAUCGAUACCCAAGGGAUCAUCAGCUGUACAAGAUUGCGAUAGGCGUUCUCUGGCUCUUCGACACUCUGAUUCUGGCAUUGAACGUGCACGCCGUGUACUACUACACAAUCACCAACUUCUCAAACGAGAUCGCGUUGCUCUUCGUUGUAUGGAGCUUCAAGCUUCAAGUAGCCUUGACCUCUGUCAUGAUACCGAUGGUACAAAGCCUUUAUGCGCUUCGGCUGUGGAGAUUGCGAGACGGACAACUCAUAUUACCUCUUCUCGUCUGUUCGACAGUUCUGGGAGGAUGGAUCGUUGGCGUCAUGUCUGCUCGGGAUGGGUACCGGAUGCAUACGUUUGCGGACUUCGCACAGUUUAAGAAUACCAUAUACGCGGACUUCUCUCUUUCUACUGGCAUAGACACAAUCACGUCCAUCACUUUGUGCUAUUACCUAUAUCGGACUAGAUCAACAUUCUCCGGAACAAGAUCUCUCGUGCAUAGCCUCAUGUAUUGGAUAUUAGGAACAGGCCUUCUCACAAGCGCAUGUUCCCUAGUAUUGCUCAUUACGUUCGCGGCAAUGCCAAACAAUCUCGUUUUCAUCGCGAUGGAGAUAUUGCUAUCCAAGCUGUAUCUCAACAGUUUCCUCGCUAUGUUGAACGCACGGCAAAGCCUUCGUGAGCGGCACCAGAGCCGUUCCUUCACGCAGUCAACCCAAAGAUCUGAUCGCAUAGCGAUAUGCGUCUCCAAGGAAUACGACGUGGAGCUUUCUCCGCCGUCUCCGGUGCGAACAGGUGUUGGUAUCGCCGCACCUCCGAAAGCGAAAUUGUCUGCUUAA